CCACAAGUGCAUUCCGAGUGUCGACCACGCCAAUUGCUCGUUACGUUCCUGCUGGCAGUUCUAAAUCAGCUCGCGAAUCCAACGUACGAAUUUCGUCUGACAAGCCUAAUAAUUUUUGUGAUUUCUUUUCUUUCCUUUAAAAUGGAUUCGAUCGUUUCAUUUGAACUUUAAUACGAAUAGUGAUAAGUUUCAAUUAGUGGCUCAAGCAAGUUGAAAAAAUUUCGUAAAGGGUAGUGAUUGUUGUUUGGAUUAUAUCAUUAAUAUAUUUGUAUGCAUCAAUGAACGAAUAAUCUUCUCAGGAAUAAUUUUCGUUCGAGAAAACUAAUCAACUUCGUUUGAAAAGAAAAAUUAAGAAGGAAAUUAUGAAUUUUAAGUAGUAUCGCCGUACCUGGAAAUGAACAUCUUUGGAGAGUGGUUAUUUCUUCUCUGGACGAUCAAAGCGUCAUACGCGUUGUCGACUGACCAUAUCUGUACCAGGACUGAAAAUUACACGAUCACCUCGAUGGAAACAUACGUACAGCCAGUAGUCGUGAACACGUACACGUGGUGCCUACAAGUCCCACCGAGAUGUCCUCGAAUGCGAACAGAAAUGAGACAACGAUAUCGGAUAAAAUCGGAAGUCAAGACCAGGAAGGUGAAGGAGUGCUGCGAGGGUUACAAACGACUGGAAAUUCGAGACAAGAAGGACGGCGACGCGAGUUGUGUGCCUUUUUGCGAGAACUGCCUUGCGGGUGUCUGCGUUUCACCGAACAAAUGUCAAUGCGAUCCAGGAUACCAAGGAACGGAUUGUUCGAAAGAAUGCCCUCCAGGAUCAUGGGGAGUGCAGUGCAUGGAAAAAUGCGAAUGCGCCGAAAACGUUAUUUGCGAUUCUAAAAAUGGUACUUGUCGUUGUCCACCAGGUUUCUGGGGACCAAGAUGUGAAAAGAAUUGUCCACCACAGCGCUGGGGUCGAGGAUGUGAAAACUUCUGCAACUGUAAGGGACAUAUCAACUAUUGCCAUCCUGAAACCGGACACUGUACUUUCACAUUUACCAAUAUACAUUCCACGUCUGAAACCACAAAUGCAGUUCGAUUAUUCAGUACGAAAAUCAUAGAAUUCGAAAAAGGAACGACGGAUCUUUCUUGGACGACCGAACAUAUCGUGGAAGAAGGAUGGGAUAAUUAUGUCACACCAUCGAGCACGGAUAGUAGUUUCGAAAGCACGAACAGCGAACCAACCUUUCGUUCUACCGUAUUCGAUGUUAAAACUAAAACGCAUAAUCAAGAAAAUGAUAUCAUGAGCACCAGCACGAUUCGACCGUUGAUCGUCCUUGUCUCUGUUCCGGAACGACAAAAGACUAUUCUAACGAAAGAUCGAAAUAAGUUCGCUUUAAAGGAUGCCUUUUUGGAACAUUUAGAGGAAAAGGAAGAACUUCGUAAUGACCUACCACUGAAAACUGAUUACGUCAAAACUAUUCAUAAAGAAGAUGUUACACCAGCGGCAUCGAUCCCCUUGGACGUCGCAUUGAUUAUUAUCGCAUCAAUCGUGUUUCUCAGUCUAAUGUCAAUAGCAAUCGUGACGAUCAUACACACAAGGACGAAACUUUUUGAGACUGUACGACUUUCUAUCUACAACGAUGAGAAGGAGAAGAAUAACGAAUGUGAAAGCAAGAGGCAACGACCACCCGGAAGGAUUUCAACGAUCAUUGAUAGUGCUUUACCUCAGAUACCUGUACGUACGAAUCCAGACUUCUUUUCGAAUCCUGAACAAAUCGGUACAAUCUUACCAGCUAGUAUAAAUAUCGAACCCGUAAGUAGUUACUCUAAUGGUACCGCAACGAUCGGCCUUCGAAUUUCCGGUCAUCUUCGUGAGCUGCUGCAAGAAGAUCAUUAUGAUAGGCCACCAACGACCUUGCUACGCCUUCACACGGAUUUCGAGUCGAACGGCGAACACCUCUAUGACGAGAUUCCUUUGCAAUCGACGGGCUUCUGCGAGCGUAAAAGCACGUGAUCGGUUCAAACGUGAUUAACUCGCUACUCGACUAUAUCUCUCUCUUUAUCCCUCUUUUCUCUCUCUCUCUCUCUCUCUCUCUCUCUCUCUCUCUCUCUCUCUCUUUUAUCCCUCCUUCAUAGAAAUACAUACGGAAUAAAACGAAUCAUUCAUUAUUGAAGUAAUAGGCGUGAAUAAACAGAAAAGUAUAUGUAUGUACGUGCCAGCAGUGUUCAAAACAAAAUUCUCCAAGGAAAAUCCGACCGAACUGGUUUUUGACCUUAAGCAUAGCAAUUGAACACACAAGGCUGCACGUAAAUUAUUGAUCAUUGAUUCAAGAAAGUAAUAAAAAAUUAAACCACGGCGAUGACUGUUCCCAAACAGUCCGAACAGUACACGCCUCCUAACGAGUAAUAAAUUUACUCAGCGGAACGCGUAGAAUUCAGAGAAAUUAACGCCGUUAUUUAUUUUAUUUUUCUUCUUUUUUAUAAGCUUACGUCAAAGUAUUUCCUCGAGCUACAUGCAUCGAAUCAAAACUGGACGUUGUUUAUUUUGAAGGAGAGAUAAAAUGUUAUGUCGUAUUUGAAAAUGACUAAUAUUUCUAAUUACUAUUCGAAAUUAUCAUUUUAUAUAAAAACAGUCUUAUCAGUGAUAGGAUUUUGUAACGAAGUCGUCAGUGUUCGUUAUUAUAGAUAAAUAAUAGAUAUAGUUUUAGAAAUGUAAUACUUAUUUUGUACUGUCUCGUAAUUAAAAAUUCCAAACCAAAGAUGUCGAAAUUCAUAUGUGUACGAUAGAAUAGAUUACGUUAUUUACUUCGUAUAAAUAUUAUAUUAUA